UUAUUACAGUUAUUAUUAUGAUGAUAGUAGUAAUAGUAUGAGUAACAACAAUACAUCGAUGAAAAUGGAUGAGCCCUCUAUAUAUAGCUAAUGCCAGCAGGGGGUCUUUGCAUUCUCAAACGCAGAACAAUCUUAAGCCCCUUUUCACCACAGAAACACACUACCCAAAUCACGACAAAUUGCUUUGUCGAUUUCAUGGAUCCAAAGCAAUCCUCCGACCCAACUUCAGUCCUUAGAGAUACCAUUGGAGAAGAACUCUUUGAAUCUGCCCAGAAAAUUUACAAAUCCUUGUUCCCCGCUCGUAUUUACAGGGUGCCAAAGGAUCUUCGUGAGCUCAACAAAAGCGCCUACAUCCCUCGUAUCAUCUCUAUCGGUCCUCUUCACUGCGAAGAAGCACACCUCCAAACACCUAUGCAAGACGUCAAAAAACAUUAUGCCAAUAACCUAUUUUCUCGAGUGACGGAAGGAAUGAACAAUGACGACCAAAAAGCCAACAAAAAAAAAGACCUGCUGCUGGAAUGCGUGGAAAAAAUGAAGCAGUGCGUAGACAGGGCCAAGAAAUACUACGCAGAAGAACUAAAGCCGAAUAAUGACGAUAUGGUGAAAAUGAUGUUGGUCGAUGGUUGCUUCAUCCUUGAACUUCUCUACGCCUCCUACCAUACUAACAAAUCGAAGGCAGCAGAAGAAAAGACAACAAAUGGAAGAGACAGUGGCAACCCAAAGGCAUCGAGUAGCGUUCAGAAGCCAAUUGACGGAGGAGAGGAUGGCAGCAAAAGCAGCAGCGUUGACGAACUACCAUGGGCUGACGCCGAUGACCCUGUUAUGGAUAACAUUUUGACUGCCAACAUGAUCAAGCAAGACUUGAUCCUCCUCGAGAACCAGAUUCCUUUCUUUGUGCUUGUGGAGUUGUUCAAACUCAUAGUGAAUAAGAUCCCCGAGAAAAACAAGUUAUCAUCACUCACCGAGUAUGUCCUUCGGUACUUUGGCAAAAUUUUGGGACCAAAUGUUGAAACUACAAGUAGCAAGACGAAAACUUGUUGUUGUUUGCCUGAUGAAUGGGUCCUUCGCGUUUAUGAUUCUACAAAAGAAAAUGAAAAGGGAGAAAAAGAGUCGAGGGAAGCUUAUGGCUACAAUCAUAUUCUCCAUUUCCUACACGAGCAUUACCGUCCUAGUAAAACACAGAACCCCCCAGAAGAAAAGAAUGGUGAAGUAGAGGUUUCUGCAUCAGAACUCCACUAUGCAGGAGUCAAGUUUGUCUCUGUUCGGGGAAACACUAAUCUGUUUGACGUCAAUUUCAGAGAACCUAAAUUCCUAUUUUGGGGGUUUUUUAGUGCCAGAUUUGAAAUCCCGACUCUUGAUAUAGAUGCCCCCACAGAGCCACUCCUUAGAAACCUCAUUGCCUUGGAACAGUGUUGCCCUGCGAUUGACCAGUACUACACGUCCUACGCAAAGUUCAUGGACAUUUUAAUUAGCUCAGAGGAAGACGUCAAAGUGCUUAAAAAAGCCAAAGUUAUACGCAACCACUUGGGCAAGGACAAGGACGUCUGUUGUCUGUUCAACAAUCUGUGCAAGGAAGUUGUAAUAGGGGAGUUCUAUUUCGAAAACCAGUGCCGAGAAGCAUACAAUUAUAGUCAGCAUGGGUGGCCGAAGUGGAGGGCGUACUGGAAACGCACGUACGUUGAAUCUCCAUGGGGGAUCGUAGCUUUCUCUGUGGCCAUUAUUGUCUUUGGAGUAACGGUUAGUAAUUUCAUUCGCCGGUUCCUUAAAUAAACGCCGGUGAUCAUGAACAUUAUCUGUGCUUAUAAUUGUUAUGAAGAUUGUCUAUCUGAAUGUGUAGCUAUAAAGAAGUGUCAAGUGUGCCUUUCUUCUUCAUCGAUGUAAGAUAUGUACUUGUCAAUCAACAGUGUCAUUCUGUCAUUACCUUUAAGUGUUCGUGAGAGAGAUGAUGUGGGAACCCUACUGUUGCAAUAAUAUAUGUUUUUGUGCGUGUAA